GCGACUGUCCAAGACAUCUCCCGAAACCAGUCCAACCCUGCAGACAUAUCUCAGAAGCUCGAUGUGACAUCGCGUGCCGACCCAAAGAAAAAGGCCCGUCGAGGGACCGAUUCGGCAAGCCAGAAGCGAAGAUGCAUCAGCACCGCCUGCGUUGCCUGUCGCCGGCGCAAGUCCAAGUGCGAUGGCGCGCUGCCAAGCUGUGCCGCCUGUGCCAGCGUCUACGGCACCGAAUGCAUCUACAACCCGAAUUCCGACCAUCGCCGCAAGGGAGUGUACCGAGAAAAGAUUGACAGCAUGAAGGCCCAGAACUCGACGCUGCAAAUCAUUGUUGAAGCAAUCCUAAACGCCAACGACGACGAGGUCCCCGAAGUUGUCAACAAGAUCCGGACAUGCGACAACCUCGACACCGUGGCCCAGGAGCUCUUGGCGAUGAGCUCUGAAGUCAAGGAAGAAGAUUUCGACGAUGAGACUGACCAUAGCGCCAUGUCGUUCUUGCCCGUGCAAGGAGAACGGGAGCUGGCUGGGAAAAUGGGAGAGCUGCGCCUGGAAAAUGGCUCACUGCGCUUCAUUGGCGGCACCUCUCAUCUCAUCUAUCUGGGCGACCCUCACCACGACGACCUCACGUACGACUCGCCCUCAGAGCCGGGGACAUUCAACGAGAACCCCAUCACCUCCUGGACCCGCGUCACCACCGACCCACGCCUCAUCAUGCACCUGAUGAACAUGUAUUUCAAUUAUCACUAUCCCUAUUUCACCACACUUUCGCGGAAGCUGUUUUGGCGUGAUUUCAUGAGAGGCAAAGCAGGACUUUUACCAGGAACAGUAUAUUGCUCCUCGCUACUAGUCAAUGCAAUGCUAGCGCUAGGCUGCCACUUCACCGAUAUCCCAGGUGCUUUUGGCAUCCCCGGAGACAGCAGGACAAAAGGAGACCACUUCUUUGCUGAGGCUAAACGACUCAUCACCGAGAAUGACGAGUAUGAGAAGCCCCGACUCGUGACUGUACAAGCUCUGGCCCUCAUGUCCGUGAGAGAGGCGGGAUGCGCAAGAGAAGCCAAGGGCUGGGUAUACAGCGGCAUGAGCUUCAGGAUGGCUCUCGACAUUGGUCUCAACCUUGAGGUGGAUGGGCUGGAUAAGGAGCAUAUGACGGAAGAAGAGAUCGACGCUCGGCGAAUCACCUUUUGGGGAUGUUUCCUAUUCGACAAAACUUGGUCCAACUACCUGGGCCGCCUACCGCAACUCCCUAGACACUCCUUCACAGUCUCCAAAAUCGACGUCUUCCCCGAUGAAGAUGCUGCGCUGUGGUCGCCAUUCACUGACAAGGGGUUCGAUGAAUCACUUGCUCAGCCGUCAAGAACGCGAGCAGUUGCGCUCCAUUUGUCAAAAUUAUGUGAAAUCAGUAGCGACAUACUUGUCUUCUUCUAUCAUCCGAGCCAUAUAAAGAGAGCUAGCAGCAAGUCUCUUGAACUCAAGAAGCUUGGCGAGCUUCAUCAACGACUCGAAGAAUGGCGGAAGAACCUGCCCAAAGAAUUCGAGCCAAAGGAAGGCUUGCUGCCAAAUGUGAUAUUGAUGCUCUCAUUCUUCCAUCUCCAGUAUAUCCACCUAUUUAGACCAUUCUUGAAAUAUUCGCCAUCCACAUCUCCUCUACCCUCCCACAUAUCUCCCAGGCGAAUAUGUACUGCAAAUGCGGGUGCUAUUUCCAAAUUAAUGAGGUUAUAUAAGAAAUCAUGGAACCUUCGACAAAUUUGCAAUAUCGCAGUCUAUAUGAUUCACAGCGCAUGCACGAUCCACCUGCUCAACCUCCCAGAAAAGACUGCCAAGAGAGACCUCACCCAUGGUCUUCGACAUCUGGAGGAAAUUGCGGAAGAUUGGCUCUGUGCCAGGCGGACGCUGAGCAUUCUUAGUGUUCUAGCAAGGAAAUGGAGGUGCGAACUACCAGAGGACGCAGAGAUGAUCCUCAAGCGAACAGACGAAAGAUUUGAAUACUACAGCACAUCCGAAGUUCCAUCCCCUGGAUCGAGCAGCAACGUAGCACCUACAUCGCCAGGUAUCUCGGAGGAAGGGACAGCAGGGACAGCUGCGGCUGCCAGGCUCGAGUAUGGACAGAUUAGACACCAGAACUCGGAGCUUAUAGCACAACCUGCACUACAGACAUCUAUUGAGGAGCGCAUGUCAAUGGACUCGCCACUAGCUAUGACCAACGGUAAUCCUCUUUCCGGCCAGCAAGUCAUGGCCAUGGACCCAACGCAAAUGGACUUUCAAGAUAUACUAAACGCAUGGCCACAACAACUAAACAUGCCUCUAAACUCACAAUCCCCAGACCUAUCAUCCACUGCGCAGAGCCAACUGUCGUCAAAUAUGAGCCACAACCCGAGUCAGCACCUUAAUAUUGACAGUCGGGAGUGGCUACUAAGCGAUUCGGCGCGAUUGCACCAAAGCUUCGGAAGCUGGAACAUGAGACAGCAGCAGCAGCAGCCCCGAGCGCCUCCAACAACAAAUGCGAUGUUCAUGUUUAACAACGGCCAGGCAGAUGGUGCUACGGUUGAUACACCUGAUUUGAGCAAUUUCGAUUCACUUAGUGAGUCUUUGACGACAAUCAAUACCUGGCUGCCGCCGGGACUGGAGUAA